AUGCCGAAGAACGUGUGUAGUAAAACCUACACAACUCCAAGGCGUCCCUUCGAGAAAGAGCGUCUGAAUCAAGAAUUAAAGAUUAUUGGAGACUAUGGGCUUCGUAACAAACGCGAGGUAUGGCGUGUGAAGUUUACUUUGGCGAAGAUUCGAAAGGCUGCGCGAGAACUUCUUACAUUGGAGGAGAAAGAUCAGAGAAGGUUGUUCGAAGGCAAUGCUCUUUUGCGUCGUCUCGUACGUAUUGGCGUACUCGAUGAAACCCGAAUGAAGCUCGAUUACGUGUUGGGUCUGCGAAUCGAAGAUUUCUUGGAGAGGCGUCUUCAAACUCAAGUAUUUAAGCUUGGUUUGGCGAAGAGUAUUCAUCACGCUCGUGUGUUGAUCCGACAGAGACACAUACGGUAAGCUGUAAAGAAAUUUAAUUUUCUUCAUGACUACGCAGUGAUUCGAUGUUUUGUGGGUUUUUUUCCUUUGCAUAUCUUGUUGCAUGAGGUAACAGUUGAUUGAUCGUUGUAACUUUCGAGCUUUUUCAACGAACUGCGAUUCGAUCGUACGCCGUUGAAAACUGUUCUGUACCAAAGAGUUGAAGAUUUUUUCAGUUCACACGAGGAGUACUUGGUAUUGUAUGAGCUUUAGACGAGCUCCUUAGUGAUAAGUAAUCGGGAACUGUGUUUUGCACCGUUUUUCUUGGGUUGUCGUUUAUAUUUUGUUAACACUAAUUCGACAUAUACGCUGACACUGCUGUAAGCACUUUGAUUCGCUCUGCUCUAACUCAAAUUGUGUUGGAGCAGAGUAAAUAGUGAGAUUCUUACUCUGUACUUCAUGGUCUAUGAGCAUCUGCGGCUAAAUAGGCUCUUUGAACUUCUUCAUGCCAGUAUAACAAGUUGAAAAAGCAAUGUAUGUCAACGUGUUCGAGCAGAGUAAAUAGUGAGAGUCUUAUUCUGUGCUUCAUGACCUAUGUGCAUCUGUGUUUAAAUAGUCUCGUUGAACUCCUUCAUACCAGUAAAACAAUCUAAUUAAAAGAGCAAUUGUAUGUCAAUGUGUUCAAUUUUCCAGUUUAUACAAGUUGCAACAAUUCAUUGAGAACUUUAUUUUGGAGCUGAAAUUGGAAAUUUUUGUCUGGCUUAGGUCAUGUAUUGCCAACACUUAUCAACUUAGGGCAUGAAAUUAAUUUUUUUUUCUGAUAGCCACUUGGCUCCUAAAUUUUUCAAAGUGGUUGCCAAUUCGAAAAAAAAGGUGGUCGCCAUUUUUAAAGACAAACAAAACUUUUUUUUUUGCUGUCAGUAUUCUAGAUAAACCCUCCAAAAUUAAGUUAGGAAAAAGAUCUUUUAUGUGCCACAAAGUGGACACUAGGAUGGAUGAUUUACAACCAUCAAGCUCACCUAAAUACAAGAUGGCGUCUAGUCAUCAAUCAAGAUACACAUGCUGCGUUUAGGAAACAAACUUAACAAGGAAGUUUGCUGCAGAUUUACCUUUCCAAAUCUUUUUAACUUGCUAUAUCUUUGGGUAAGGUUAUGAUGAUGCAUUCUAGUCCCCAAUUUGGUGACUAAUUUUCAGGAUUUGAUCACAAAAGAGAAAAAUUUAGUCACAUUGGCACCUGUAUUAGGCACAAUUUUAUGCCCUGCAAAUGGUUGAAAAAAAAAAACAAUUGCAGAUAGUACUGAAGUGUUUUACAAGAUAAAUUUGAUAAAACACUAACAAUACUUUAAAUUACUUGUUUUUCUGUUACACAACAUGAACAAGGUAUUUGUAACUAGCAACUAACCAUGGAAAAUGAAGAGGAUUUUGACUUAACCUUUAAACCCCAACUAGUGAUUAGCGUCUAAUUUCUCCUCACAAUAUCACCCUUGAAUCAAACAUCAUGGUCAUGAGAAAAGAGGAAAUGAUCACCAACUAAGACAGCUUUUGAUUAUCGAACAAUUUCUCUUUGUCAGCACGGUGGGAGAUGUGUAGCGAUGUAGAGAAUAUGGAUACUGAUGUUAGGGGGGAAAGGGUUGAAUUAACUAAGUUGUAUGGAGCACUGUCAGAUUGAGUUGUGUAAAACCAAAAUUGAAGUUUGAAAAAUUAAAAUAAAAAUGAGCAAACUGCUACAGGAAAUGUGAAUGACCAAGUCACAAUUGGGUUUAGUUUUGAAUCUGAUUGUUUGAGAAAUUGGGGCAAGUUUCCUGAAACGGUCAUAUUGUGAUGGGAGACCAAAGAAAUCCUGGACUUCUCUCCACACUUGUUUUUGAAAUGGCUUUAGUAGGGCACCAUUCAAAUGAGUGUGGUUAGACAAACAUCAGAGUAAUUGCUGUGGUCAGCAACAUGGAAUCUUCCAUUAGGUUCAUCUGAAAAUGUAAUUUGUACUAGUACAUAAGAAAAUGAAAAAGGAAAAAUGUCCCAAGCUCUUGGAUUAAAUUGAUGAAGUUGAGAUUUUUUUCCCUUCUCUCCAGUGUGCGCAAACAGCUUGUCAAUGUCCCAUCAUACAUUGUGCGUCUGGACUCUCAAAAGCACAUUGAUUUCUCACUGAAUUCGCCAUAUGGUGGAGGGCGCCCAGGCCGUGUGAAGAGAAGGAACAUGAGGAAAGGGCAAGGUGGUGGCUCUGAUGCUGAGGAAGAGGAUGAAGAUUAG